AUGACAUCUGAUCUUAUAAUAGCUAACGGCGUCUAUAUACGUACGGAAUACUAUGGCCAUGGGAAAAUCCAUAACUGCGCCCAAAAGAAAAAUAAAUUCUCAGAUGAGUCAUCUGAAGUAAUUAUUCCGUCCCAAAAGGAAAUUCUAUUUAACGGAAGAGCUAGAGGGAAGCCAAAUCUCCGUUAUAUGAGCUCGCGCCGAGUUCUUUACGCCCCUUCAAUGUCUCCCAGAGAAAAGAGGAUAGGAUACAAUACCUUCCUUCGAACGGAUACACACACUACCUCCAGCCAGAGACACAAGGCGGUGUAUCGGAGGGCUGGUAGCCCGUCCAUCUCAAGAGCCAUGAUACCCAAGACCCCUCGACGUCGUGGGUCCAUCUACUCAUCGCACAGCGGCCAGGGCGAUGAAGGAUCUAUUACAGAUACGUUUCUAUACAUCUGGCAUCAUGAUAAAGGAUCUAAUAAAUUAAAUGAGUUAGAUAUUACCGAGUAG